AUGCGCGAACCACCCAUCAAGCGACCGCCAAUGCGGAGGGCUGCAAAACUGGAUGAGCUGGCGGCCCUCGUGCGGAUGGAGCUGACUCCAGACGACAAGGACGAGGAUAGCAGAGAUGCCUUCGUCCCCUACAAUCCGGCAAAGCAGCUAAUCAUCAAUGGGCGCUGCAACAGUCCUUCUUAUCCAUCGUCCAGCAAUGCGAGCAGUUCUAAUGGCUCCCAUGGCUCGAAUGGUUUGCCAGCCAAUCUACUUCCCGAGCGAAGCCCGGCUGCACGGAUGUCACCGGAAAACGAUCUGGCCAGCGCUUCGCCGCAAAGCAAGAAAUCGACCCUGUCGAUGAAAAGCAGCACCAAGAGCGAACCACAUGCAACAAUCCCCGAUGGCGUAGCCGUGAAGCAAGAGCCUCCAGACUGCUAUGAGUCGGAUGUGAAUGAACCCAGCGGCUAUGGUCAUCUUACCGAUCCGGGCCCAUCUUUUCAACAGCACCCAAAAGCGACAAAGUCAAGAAAACGAAAGGCCGAACAAGAAUUGACAUGUGCGUUAAAUUUAUCGUCGAGAUGUACCCGAAGUGAUACGGACAGCGGGCGUUUUUGGGAUUUGAAUCAAGACGAACAUUUUUGCAAGACCUGUCUAUUUGAGAUCACGCAGGGGAGCCUCGAGAAAGAAUUCCUUGGAUGGAAAGAAGAGUUCUCGCAGCAUUGUCGCAAAAACCCAGGCGCGAAGUUUUUUGUCCAAGACAAAUUGUUGCCGUUUUGGCUGCGAUGUACCCAGUGUCACAAAUUCCGAAACGUGCCCAGCAAGGAGCCACUUGAGCCGACUGCAAUCGGACAUUUUACGUGUGGAACUUUGUCGAAUCGAAACUCUUGUCAAGACGUGAUCGACCCGUUGGCCGCAAAGGCUUGGGAGUUCAAUUGGAUGAAAGGAUCCAACACGCUGCCGCUGCUCAUUAACUCUCCAGCGCUGCCAUUCAUCAGUUCCAAAUCGUACUACUAUGAUUUGAUCGGAAUGAGUCCGGCGCAAAGCCAUUUUAGUGCAAAUAUGGAAAAGAUUUCUGAUUGGGCGCGGCCAUUUCAUGAAGACGAUAAGGACCCGGCUGCUUUAGUAUUUGGCGCUGGUGAUAUGGAAUACGAUGAGAAAUUGAAGUUCCCGGCAUUCAACAAAGAAUCCGUGUACUAUUUGGCCGUCCGGAACCUGAUCGUCUCGUUGUGGACGUUGGACCCAUUUAAAUAUUUGACCUUCUCCGAAUGCGAGCGGCAUCUGCUUUGCCGUGGACUAUCCCGAAUCUGGUACAUUCGCCUCCUGCGCCUCGUCUAUGACUUCCUGAAUGCUCACGGGAUCAUCAAUAUUGGGGCACUUUCGCUGCCAAAACUACCGGAAACCAGGCUAAAUCGUCGUCUAUCGGUCCUAAUCGUCGGCGCCGGCUUGAGCGGUUUAACGGCGGCUCGACAAUUACGAUCGUUCGGCGUCAAUGUCACCGUGCUUGAGGCGAAGAAUAGGAUCGGCGGCAGGAUGAAUGAUGAAUAUGGGCUUGGUUCGACUGUCGGCCGAGGCGCGCAGAUUGUCACUGGCGUUGUCAAUAGUCCAAUAGUGCUUAUUUGUAAGCAGAAAGGCUUUCGCUACCGGGCGCUGAAUGACGCGUGUCCGACGUUUGAUUCAACCACUGGAGAUAUCAUCGAUUAUAAGACGGACGAGCUCGCCAGCAUCAUGUACGGCGCGGCGAUGGAUGGCGUGGUACACUGGCGUACCCUGAAAAAGAAGGACCACUCGUUACUAGUCACCUCAAUCAUCACCUAUUAUUUGGUGACAUGUGGUUGCUGGAAAGGGCGCGGCGUCGAUUCCGGUUACAAUAAUACACAGCUUUUGCGGAGCCGCGAGCUUGCUGAUGGAUGGACGGAGUACGAGAUGGUCGUCGUCACGGAUCUGGAUACUGAAAGCAAGGAACCCAACGGCAAGAAAUGGCACAGCAAUGCCCGGCGAGGGUUUUUGAAAUACCACAAAAAAGAUCACAAAGCAUCGGUGGCCUGGGAAUCCGAAGCGUUCAAGGUCUAUUCGCAGCUGGCUAGCGGCGGGCGAGCCAUGGAACUCUCCGAUCUGGCAAUUUUCGAUGGGAAGCUGUUGACGGUCGACGAUCGAACGGGGAUCGUCUACGAGCUGUGCACCUCGAAAAAAGAUGUGAUGCCGUGGUUGCUGCUGAAUGAUGGCCCGGGCCGCACUGCGAAAACGCUGAAAGGCGAAUGGAUGACCGUAAAGGAUCAGAAGCUCUACGUGGGUGGCCUCGGCAAGGAGUGGACGACACCGGCUGGUGAAUAUGUGAACGAUAACCCAAUGUGGGUGAAGAUUGUCGAUAGGCAUGGUGCCGUAGAGCACGUUAACUGGAAGGACAUUUUUGUCAAGGUGAGACGCGCGCUCGGAAUCGAAUACCCCGGCUACAUGAUCCACGAAGCCGUUCAGUGGUCGGAUGUUCAUAACAAGUGGUUCUUCUUGCCGAGAAGGGCAUCCAAUGAGACAUAUAGCGAAGAAGCCGACGAGAUCCGAGGGACAAACAAGAUGAUUGUCGUUUCGGAAGAUUUCACUCGCUUCGACGUCGUCUCUAUUGGGGAAUCGAAUGAUCCGCGCACCGGAUUCUCAGCAUUCCAAUUUGUACCCGGAACGAAAGAUCACGUGAUCAUUGCGCUGAAGAGCGCCGAAAAGGACGGCAUCCCGGUUGCCUCGUACGCGUCAGUCUUUGAUGUCAACGGUCACAUCCUGCUGCAAGAUCAACUGCUCCCGGAGACGCACAAAUCUAAUUUCGAUUUAGACUUGCUGGAGAAGCAGCGCGUCCACUUGGAUGAGAGCUCGUUGAUCCGGAUGAGUCCGCUGGAGAAGCGGAUCUUCUAUUGGCACGUUGCCAACAGCGAAUAUGCUUGCGGUGCGCCAUUGGAAAAUGUUUCGGCAUCCUCUUGGGAUCAAAACGAGGCACUCGGCCAAUUUGAUGGAAAGCACUCCCUGCUCGUCGACGGUGCCCAAAAAGUCGUCGAGUCGCUGUCGGAGGGAACAGAUAUCCUGCUCAACAAAAAGGUCUCCAACAUUAAUCUCAACAACCGGGGCGUCUCCGUCAUCCUGCAAGAUGGCACCGAGUUGCAAGCCGAUAAGGUGCUGGUGACCGUCCCAUUGGCCAUCCUGAAGAAAAACACAAUCACUUUCGAUCCUCCACUGCCAAAGCGAAAAUUAGAUGCGAUUGAAAGGGUCGGCGCCGGACGUAUAGAAAAGGUUGCUGUUGCGUUCCCGAGAUGUUUCUGGCGGGACGCGAAGGGCAAGUCUAAGAAUUUCGACUACUUUGCGCAUGUUGGAUCGGUGGAAAAGCGCGGGCUAUUCCACACGAUAUACGAUUUCACAAAUCGGCAAGACGGCCCGCCAAAAUCCUUCGUGUUAAUGUCGUAUGUGUGUGGCCAAUCUUUGGCUCUAAUCGACAAGAAGAAAGACGAAGAAGUCAUCAAAAUGUUCAUCGACACGCUGAAGAAAAUAUUCCCGGGAAAGCAAAUUCCAAAGCCGAUCAGCCAUAUGGUUUCUCGCUGGGGGAAGGACGAAGAUAUUGGGAUGUCCUACUCUUAUAUGGGCGUCAAUUCGAAGCCGGAGGACUAUGAUAGUCUCGCUGCACCCGCAUACGAUCGAAUAUUUUUCGCCGGCGAGGCGACACAUCGCUUCUUCCCACAAACAAUGCACGGCGCCUACCUCUCUGGCCUUCGCGCCGCCACGGGAAUUUUGGAAAAUUACCUCAUCGACCAUUCAAAAGCCUUCAUCGAUGGC